AUGCUGAGAAACGUACUCCCAUUUGAUACACAAAGUGGAAUAGCUGUCGUAGUUUACUUACUAGCGGGAACUCUCGGCUUCUAUUACUUGUUAUUACGUGACAGAAGAGUUAGUUUAUCAAAAAAAAUAUACUUCCUGAUUUGCCGUCGAGAUCUAAAAGAGGCAUUGCUGGAGAUUGAGUUAACAAAUCGCUCCGAACCAGGAAUCAUUGCCGAUAAUACACAAUACGUCAAACUGAAUGGACAUACGCUUCGAAUUGUGCAUAUUAUUCACGAAUUAGGCAGCAAAGUGCCAUUGAUAGUGUUUAUUCACGGUCUAGGAGGCCAGGUUUCACAAUGGAAGUAUCAGAUUGAGUAUUUUUCUAAAACAGCCCACAUUUUAGCUAUUGAUCUUUUGGGUUGCGGUAAAAGUGAAGUAGCGAAAGACUGGGAUUCUUACAAAACUGCUUCACUAGUCAACGAUAUCAAAACAUUACUCUUAGAACGUUACAACUACCCUUCGACUGUUAUUAUUGCGCACUCUUAUGGUUGUGCACUUGCCUCUCUCAUUGCUGCAUCACCGGACGUUCAGCCACUUUUGAAAGGCUUGGUUUUAAUAGCACCAAAAGCACAUAUUAAUGAUGCACAAUUGAAGAGCAAAGAACGAUUAAAAUUCAUACCAGACUGGUUAUUUGAUUGUGCUAGAACAGCCGAUAGAAAAGGAGGGCUUUAUUCAAUAAGUGUUGACCGCUUACUGAAUAUGAAAGAUGCGAGUGAAGACAUACGUAGAGAUCAAUUGUGCUGGAACUUACAAAGUAGAUCUGCUGUCUAUAAACGGUUUGUAAGCGGUGCCACUUUUCCAUCCAGAGAUACGUACCAAAAAAUUGAGACUGGCGUAUUGUUGAUUGGUGGUAGCGUGGAUUCAAUUACUCCUCCGGCAGAGAUGAACAUCAUCCGAGAUUAUUUACUUGGAAUAGAACCUCUCAGUGAUCUCAUACAGCAGCAGCAACCAGUGGAUACAACAGUGACACGAAAGCCAAACAACAGCAACACUCGCGUUCCUGUUCCUUAUAUCAUUCCAGACGUGGGACAUUUACCUAUGGUUAUUCGUCCCGAACUGGUCAAUCCAGUAAUCUCAGAAUUUCUGAUAAAGAAUUGUAGCCUAGAUACAUUAAGUGGUGCAUGGCAAAUUCUGCAUAAAACCAAAGGUGAGAAUAAGUGGGACUUGAAGAAUUAUGCCAAGUGGGCUGGCAUUGCCAACAUUACAGAAAAACCCGUUGGGCCAUCAUUAUUUAGGGCUAUGAAAGUGAUGCGUCAAACAGAUACCUCACAUUGCCCAUCAGCCCUUCUGGCAAAAUAUCCUGAUAUCCGGUUUAUAAUCGAUAUCUCCAAUGACACACCGCCUUAUCGUUCAAGCGACUUUGAGCAUUCCCGUAUUGAGUAUAUCAAAUUCAAAACAGUAUCAAAAAUACCUCCUACGAAAGAAGAAGUGGCCAAAUUCAUUGAAAUUGCAUCUUCUUGUUGGAAAAAGAUACCAGAUGCACAGAUUGCUGUACAUUGCCAUUAUGGGUUCAAUAGAACCGGGUUUUUUAUAUGUUGUUACAUGAUUGAAAAAUUGAAAGUUUCUGUGCCUGAUGCUUUAAAGUAUUUUAAAGAAGUGAGGCCACCAGGAAUAAGACAUGCGCAUUUUAUUGAUGAGCUUUAUCUGCGCUACGUGCUAAAUCAAAGAGCUUGA